ACCGACUGAGUUAUGCAAAUGCGUCGCUAGGCAGGACUGCAGGUUAUGUUUUCCUUUAUAUGUAUAUAGCGCAGGGGCGGCUGCAUAUAGUUGGGCAGCGGAAGCGCGUGUUUGCUUUUCGAGGACAAUGUAAUUUGUUCGCACGACGGAAUCUCGGCUUGGCAUCUCUCGCAUUUAAUUUGUCGUCGAGUUAUGCCUGCGGCCAGCCUAUGCAGCAAACACAAAGAUGGCUGGAGGAGAAAAUCACUUGCCCUACCUUUUGACUGGCUGCAUUUUCUAUGCAUUUGGACUGAAGUGGUGUUGUGAGUAUGCAAGACUGUGGUAUGUCCGCCCAAAGCCACGCCAGCACAGAGAGAGUCCCAAGUUGGGCUUGAUACUCCGCUUCCGCAAGACAUGCCUGGAGAUGCUAAAUGGCCAUCCGAUCGAGGGAUGCCUGAAACUGAUUGCAACAGCCAUUGGAUUAGCUGGAACGUUGACUGGUGGCCUACCAAAUUCAGGAAUAGUCUCACCUAAAGUAGUGCACGCCACUAUUUACCUAUUCUUUGCUUUCUCUGGUCUGGUAGAUGUUCUGCAUUUUUAUUUUCCUCGGAACAUCAGUGAUGGCCUGUCGAAAAUGGCUCUGGCACAAAGCUUCUUCAUUGAAGGAUUUCUUUUUGUGUGGGCCAGCUUGAGCGAGAGCCCUGUAGUCAAUCUUAUCCUAGCUGCCAUUGUGUGGAUGACUAGUAUAGCCGUGACACUGGAGUUGGUGUGGCCUGAAGUUAAGUUGUUGAGAGGAGCCACAACUCUUUUGCAUGGAGAAUGGAUCGCACACAUGGUCCGAGUGUAUCGCACCGAGCCUCUGAAUUUGGAGAAAAUUGCACUCACGUUUUCUUGGCACGUUGCUGCAGCUUCUACUGUUACUCUUCUCACUGUUGCCAUAACUCGAAGCUGCUUGCCUCGUGAGCCACCACCUCCACCAGAGGUUCCAAUUUAUGAUUACUGCAACGAAAUGGAAAUUAGGUCUACUUGAAUAAGUUUAUUGCAGUGUUUGGGCUAAAAUUAUAUAAGUUUUGUGCAAAAAGUUACAGUCGAAUCUAGAACUUAGUGCACAAAACUUAACAGACAUUGAUAUUAUACAGCAAUAUGUGUACAAACUUUUCUACAAAAUACGUACGAUCUGGAUUGGUUUAUCAAAAUGUCAAUUGCACAAAUUAAAAAAAACAAAAACAAAUGUAGAUUUUACAUUUUCACAAACAAUGUUAAACCAUAAGAAAUAUUUGUUGAAUCUAAAUCCAGAUUUUUUAGUAAUAUAUACAAAGAGUUUUUAUUAAUUUUAUAGCUUAGUGAUAUUAAUCACAUCGAAUAAUGUACAAUAAAGCCAAGCAUUUUAGAUAAGACUUUUACAUAUCUAAGCAAAUACAGGGAUGUUAUCAUUGUGUUUUUGGAUUUUAGAGUUUGUUUGAAUAAUCAUUGGUCAAAGUGGUAAAAAGAUUAGGUAUCAAUGAUUAUUCAAAUUAAUUGUAAGAAUUGAAGUGCCAGUCUAGUAUAUACUAGACAAUCUUUGAAGAGUCCCUUAGGGAAGAUUUAAUUGAUCAGGAGAUCAUUGAUUUGCACACAUGUUUUAAAUUUUUUCAAUUUUACUAAAAAUCAGCGCUUUUACAAUCCAUGUGUGCGCACCGAAUUACUAUUAAUAUUUAUGAAUAUUUUUAAUUCAAUUUUAUGGAACUGGCAUCACAUUCACUUUUUAUAUUUAUCAACAAUUCAACGAAUAAAAUUACAUGUAUUUCCUCUUUAUAUAAAGGUAUAUAUGCCUGUAUGUAAGUCACAAGAAAAUAUCAAACUUGUGUCAAUUGUAAUCAUGACAUGUGAUCAUUUGCCUAGUUGUAUGUAAACGGCAAGACAUUUUUUUUAACCACCGUCAGUGCCUAAAACUGUUUUCUUUAUAUUAAUGAAUAUAUUUAUUAGUUUACUGAAAUUAUUUGUACAACGAACUAACAAAAUCAUCACUGACGCAUUGUGGGAUACCCCAUCAGUGCCAAACAUUCUUCAUAAGAUUGUGCAAAGUUUCUACACAAGACUAUUUCUGUUGUUAUCAACUCUUUUGUAAUACUUUACUCAGCAGAGAGAGCUGAAUUUCAGUCUCGAAAAAUUUAGCAAUUCUGAUUUAUAACCGCAAAUCAUGCAUCCACACAUCGACAAUCACUAUUUAUAAUUUGUCACGUAUCGUCAUAAGCUCAUACUCAUACUCUAUAGUAUAAUUUUACACGUUACGAUUCUUUAGUUUUUAACAAGAAUAUUGUGAUGAACAGCGUCUAAUUUGUAAGCUUUUUAUAUGUAUAAAUUACACGUAUAUCGAAUCAACCGAAUAUUUACACGCAUUGUAGACCAUAAUAAAAAACUAUUAUCAAAAAACAAA